AUGACGUUCCUAUCGGGACAAGGACAAGCCUGGUCAUCACCGUGCAUACCGAAACUCUUCGGAGAAGUGGAUCCCGAAACCAAUCCGCUCGGAAGGCCCGCCUCCAUUCAAGAAAUAUCCUGGAUAACAUCACUCCACAAUUUAGGCGCGAUAGCCUGCAUCCCGUUCUGCGCUAUGAUGGCCAACAAGUUCGGCAAAAAAAGAACGUUAAUUUUUUUCGGCACUUUACAGAUGCUCUCGAACAUCAUACUGGUAUUCGCGAAUAACGUGGUUUUAUUCUACAUAGCGCGAUUUCUGAUAGGGCUUGGUACGGGGUGCGCUUUCACUCUCAUCCAGCCUUACGUCGUCGAAAUGGUGGAAGUUGGCCACAGGGGUAGGGCGUUUAGCUGCACUUACUGGAUGGCAGCCUUGGGGAUGGAAUCGGUCUUCUUGAUCGGACCCAGCGUGACGAUCCGCACCCUGGCGUUGAUAUCGUUGAUUCCUUCGAUAGUUUUUAUGGCGUGUUUUGGUAAAUUUAGCACGGAGAGUGCGUCGUAUUUUGUAAAAAAAAGCGACAUGCAAAAGGCGGAGGGUAUUUUGAAGAAGACUCGGUUGAAAGACGAUGGAAUUGCGGAUGAAUUGAGUAAUUUAAUUACGACUAUUAACGGCGAUUCGGGAAAUUCCUUUGGACAGAUGUUAAAGACUAAAGUAAAUUUUAUGGCAAUGUUGAUUGGAGUGGGAUUCGUCUGGACGUCCCGCUGCUUGCCUAAACUCACAGGUUUAGUUGAUCCCGAGCACAAUCCGCUCGGCCGAAUCGCCUCCGUGCCCGAAAUAUCAUGGAUAACUUCACUUCAUUUCCUCGGCAUUAUAGCUUCCAUACUGACCUGCGGCGUGGUCGAAAGAAAAUGCGGCAAAAAGAAAACGCUACUCAUAUUCGCCAUAUCGCAUUUGAUAUCCAGCAUCAUACUGAUAUUCGCCGAUAGCAUCGCGCAUUUCUACGUGGCUCGGUUUUUAUUCGGCCUAGGAACCGGCGUCGGUUCUACGUUGAUUCCUCUCUACAUCAUGGACAUAGCCAGUCCUAAGAAUAGAGGGAAAGCCUGCAGUAUAUUUAGCUGGAUGAUGACGUUAGGGCAGGAUCUGCUGCUGAUAAUAGGACCGUUUGUUACAAUUAGAACUAUCGCGAUUUUGUGCAUAGGACUAUCCGUGGUUUUUUUUGUGAUGUUUGGAAAAUUCGCGCCGGAAUCGCCUUCCAAUGGCAUAGCCAGCAAACACGAUUCGAUCGAAUCCGAAGUCAUCCUCAACCAGCGCAAUGAACAACCGCGAGUCUGCAUCGAAGAUUUCGAAAAUAAGCGACUUUCCUUGUGGAAGAUUCUAAAGACUAAAACGAAAAGUUGUCUGUUAGCAGUGAUAUUGAUGUUCUUUCAACAGGUCUCAGGGCUAAAUUGCAUAAAUGCCUAUCAGCAAACCAUUCUUACAGAAUACAAAUUAUCUUUACCCGCUGAUAUAUCGGUAAUGAUAAAUGGUUUAUUGCAAUUUUUGCCCAUAAUCAUGAUCACUAAAACAAUAGACAGCUGGGGCAGGAAGAAAUUAAUGAUGAUCUCCUACGCAGGCGUAGGUUUAUCGUUACUUAUUUUAGCUACAUAUCUUAAUUUACAGAAGAAAAACGUUAGUCUAACAUCACUGCAUUGGUUGCCCAUAGUGUGCAUCAUAUUGUACUCGUUUUGCUGUAAGUUGGGACCAGGUGCGGUUACUUUUAUGGUGUGCAUCGAAAUGCUGCCUCCGAAUAGCGCCGUUAUCAUGUUUUCUUUCAUAAUGUUGGUACUAUAUUUCAUGACCUUCAUCAUAACUUAUUCCUUCCCCUUUCUUUGGCACCAUCUCGGUCUGGAAAUGGUGUUUUACGCAUUCUCUUGUGGCGCCGCCCUCGCCAUGAUUUUCGUAUAUUUUGUGAUACCGGAAACCAAAGGCAAGACCUUGGUGGAGAUACAGAAGGCCCUAAGAAGGAAAUCCGCAGUGUAG